AUGACAAUAUUUUAUUUUUUGGACUGCGAGUUAAACGCUCCAGCUAAUCAUCUUAUUGAUUUAACACAAGGAAAUGAAGUCGUUAACAUAUAUGUUCGAGAUAUACACGGAUGUCACCCAUUUCUUCAUUAUACAAUUCCAAUUACUCAAUCAGGUCUAUCAUUUGCAUCACUUAAUGCUCGUUUACUUUAUCAAAAAAGUAAAUGUUCAAAAGCAACUCAAUAUAUUUUUGUUAGUAUAAGAAUUCUACGUGGACUUACAGGACAACUUAUAUAUACAAGUGAUUUUCUUCUAUUAAUACCUUAUUACACUGAUAGAACUGUUUUUCGUAUACCAAUUUAUCGUGUAUGGUAUUGGGAUGAUUAUAAUAAAAUGACAUUGGCAAGAUUGUUUUCAUAA